GGUAUCCGUCGUAAUGAUCCCAUCCCUGGGAUCGGAACCAGUUCAAAUCACGUGCCCGCACUGCAACAACUACGUCGUCACCAAAGUGGAUUACCAGGCGAACAAUAGCACACAUAUCAAGGCCCUACUUCUGUGCUUACUGUGCGGAUGCCUUCCUGGCCUCAUUCCGUACUGCUGCAACUCGUGUCAGUCCGCCGUGCACACGUGUCCAGUGUGCCACAAGCACGUGGGCACGGACGACAACUAAUCACGGAAGGGCGGAUCCAGAGACGAGACCGAGAGGAAUAA